ACGUUGCCGGCUGUUGAACUAUGGUUUGACGCACACAGCUGCAUCCGGGUUCGCUCUUGCGAUGAAAUAUGCUGCAUUUUCCCUUUUUAACCUACUUCAAAAAACGAGGCUAGUAUUUAAGCACUCUUUUUAUGAUAACAGACGUAACAGACGAAAUCAGCUAUCAACACAGAAGUCCAGGGUAUAGGAGGAGUGACUCAGGCUAAUGAGCAAAAGCAACUUUUAAAUGUGAUUUGACAGAACUGUAGGCUUCAGUAGCCCGUUAUUUGACUGCAGAAUAAGCCAUGGUGCCAUUAAAGCGAAGAAAAGUAGCAGGGAAUAACAGUGUGGCUGAGCAGGGUGGAGAUAAAACACCACCCAAGUUCCCUGAAGUGUUUUUAUUUCUGCUGGAAAGAAAAAUGGGAGCCAGUCGAAGAGCUUUCCUCUCUCAGCUCGGACGAAAGAAAGGAUUUCAGGUGGAGGAGUUAUUCAGCACAAGUGUCACACAUAUCAUUUCUGAGAACAACUCCGGUGACGAGGUCAGGGCAUGGCUGGACUCACAGGACAGGACUCGCAGAUGCCCGGCGCCGCUUCACCUUCUGGACAUCAGCUGGUUUACAGAGAGCAUGAGUGCAGGUCAUCCUGUCCAGAUCCUGGAUCGACAUAAAGUACAGGUGCAGCAGGCUGAUGAAGUAGAGGUUGCUGUGUUCUCAGUGCCCAGCUACGCCUGUCAGAGAAGAACCAGUCUGGAUAACCGCAACACUGUCCUCACUGAUGCCUUAUCGCUCCUGGCUGAAAACGCUGAGCUCAGUGACCAGGAUGGGCGAGGUGUCGCGUUCCGCCGUGCUGCCGCCGUAAUGAAGUCUCUCCCCGAGCCAGUGACCAGCAUGACACAGCUCCGAGGGUUGCCGUGUCUCGGAGAACAUUCGCUGAGAGUCAUCAGAGAUGUCUUAGAGAAUGGAGCGUCACGUGAGGUGGAAUCUAUGAAGCAGUCCAAGCAGUAUAAAGCACUGAAGGUAUUGACGGGGGUGUUUGGAGUUGGAGCAAAAACAGCGGCCCGGUGGAUCAGAGAGGGGAUACACACUCUUCACCAGUUACGCAAUUCAGGACACACGCUCAAUCGAGCUCAACAAGCCGGUUUGGAGCACUACGACGACCUCAACCAGCAGGUGUCUAAGGCGGAGGCCGAAGCCAUCCAACAGAUUGUGGAGGAAGUGGUUGCCUCUGUGUUACCGGGCGCAAAGGUUACUCUGACGGGAGGAUUCAGGAGAGGAAAGCUGAUGGGUCAUGAUGUUGACUUCCUCAUCACACACCCAGAAGAAGGCAAAGAGGUGGGGCUGAUGUCUAAAGUGGUGUCCUGGCUGGAGUCACAGGGUUUUCUGUUGUACCAGAAAACCACACGAAACUCUUACCUGGUGUCUGACGAUAGUCCUGCCCUGCCUCCCUCCAACAUGGACCGCUUUGAGAGGUGUUUGUCCAUCUUUAAACUGGCCCAGGACCAGCCGCACAGAGCAAAACAGCUGGGGGCGCUACCUCUAGAUACAGCUGAGCAUCGGCGUGGUGACUCAGGUCUGCAGACGGAUCAGGAUUCAUGUUCACAGAGGAUUCAGACGCCAGGAGGGCAGGAGGACACAAAGCCAUGGAGAGCUGUGAGAGUGGACCUGGUGGUUUCUCCCAUCAGCCAGUUUGCUUUUGCUGUCCUUGGCUGGACAGGAUCCAAGUUGUUUGAGAGAGAGCUGCGACGCUGGGCCGGACAGGAGAAAGCCAUGUCUCUGAGCAGCCAUGCUCUCUAUGACAACAAAAAGAGGAAAUAUCUUCAAGCCUCAUCAGAGGAGGAGAUAUUUGCACAUCUUGAUCUGGAGUUCAUCCCACCGUCGGAGAGAAACGCCUGAGGAACAAACAUCUGCUUCAAACAUCAAGUUUGAGUGGCAGAGUUUAUCAGAUUUUUACGAAACACUGAACUGUUCACUAUUCAAAACUUGGAUCACAAGUGCUGUGAAUUUAUUACAUCAGGGUGUGAAGGAGUCUAUUGAAACUGUACUGUUGAGUACGAGUAUGUAUCUUUAAUCUCUUAUUUAUAUGUAAAUAUACAUUUUAUUUUAACUGUGGUUAUUUAUUUUAUCACAUUGAUCUUGGCUGUAUUAAUUGCGAUUAACGCUUUAACUUUGAAAGCCCUGCAAUAUAUACAGUAUAUCUCGAAAAGCUAUAAAAGGAAAUACGGGUUUCCAUCAAGUUCGAUUUUAAAGUCCUAUUAUUUUGUCCUGUUCUGUACAUGCUGCCACUUGAAUGUCAUCAGGAGACAUGGCAUUGACUAUGAUAAUGAUACACAGCUCGAUGUUGCUGUGACCCCUGAUGACUUGAUUGAGUCUCCUUUUAACUGUAUUUUAGAUAUUAAGUCAUGGAUUACAGAAAAUAUUUUACUGCUCAACCAGGAUUGUAAAACCCUUCAAGGCUAAUUGCAUUUGUGAUGUUGAGCUAUAUAAAUAAAAUUUAAAUGAAUUAACUUCCCUGACUCCCAAUUAAACAACCAAUUAAAAGUG